GCAGCUGCAGCAGUGGCUGCUUGGCAUCUCCAAAAGGGGCCCUCUGACUCGUGGCUGAGCCGCUCCGGUGCUGGGUGGUGGAGCCCUGCGCUACUCCCGCGCGUCCCUGAACAGGGGAUCCCUCCUCCCCAGAGUUACGAGCAACUUUCCCCGGUCCCUGGCGCUGAGGUGGCUCGGGGACCGUCGCCGCCGCAGGUUGCUGAACCCGGGGUCACUCUCCCCGCGCUUCAGCUUCGCGUUGGUGUAGGGUGCUCCAGGCCCGGGUGCACGCUGGGGGUCCCGGACCUCGGCUCUGAGGGCGAGAUGCCCCUGGGACACAUCAUGAGGCUGGAUCUGGAGAAAAUCGCCCUGGAGUACAUCGUGCCCUGUCUGCACGAGGUGGGCUUCUGCUACCUGGACAACUUCUUGGGCGAGGUGGUGGGCGACUGCGUCCUGGAGCGUGUGAAGCAGCUGCACUCUAACGGCGUCCUGAGGGACGGCCAGCUGGCCGGGCCGCGCGCCGGCGUCUCCAAGCGGCACCUGCGGGGCGACCAGAUCACGUGGAUCGGGGGCAACGAGGAGGGCUGCGAGGCCAUCAGCUUCCUCCUGUCCCUCAUCGACAGGCUGGUCCUGUACUGUGGGAGCAGGCUGGGCAAAUACUACGUCAAGGAGAGGUCCAAGGCGAUGGUGGCUUGCUAUCCAGGAAAUGGAACCGGUUAUGUUCGCCAUGUGGACAACCCCAACGGGGAUGGCCGCUGUAUCACCUGCAUCUACUAUCUGAACAAGAAUUGGGAUGCCAAGCUACAUGGUGGAAUCCUGCGGAUAUUUCCAGAAGGGAAAUCAUUCAUAGCAGAUGUGGAGCCCAUUUUUGACAGACUCCUGUUCUUCUGGUCAGAUCGUAGGAACCCACAUGAAGUCCAGCCUUCCUAUGCGACCAGAUACGCUAUGACUGUUUGGUACUUUGAUGCUGAAGAAAGGGCAGAAGCCAAAAAGAAGUUCAGGAAUUUAACUAGGAAAACAGAAUCUGCCCUCACCGAAGAUUGACCAUGCCCUGACAUUCGCUGGCCUCCUUCGUUUUAGUAACCGUUCCUGAAUUUGCUUUAACAGUUGAGAUCCAAAGAUGGCCUCUUGAGUGAUGACAAAUAUCCGCCUCCUGCUUGCAGCGUUCACAUCCCUAUCUUAUGUGGUACUUCGUGUUUUGUUUCGUUUUUUUCCAAAACGGCAUUGACCUUCAGAUGCUCUCUUUGCCAGAUGAACUCAUUUGCUAACUCCUGAAAUUCCUGCAGACAACCUAGUUGGCCAGCGGUUUAACUGAUAGAUUUGGUAAUACUGGCUAUCGAGACAAGAGCCUAGGAGCCCAAGCGAGGGGAUGAAUCUUACUUGCACUUUAUGUAGACGUCCUGAUUUGAAAGGAGGAGGUUUGCAGAGGAAAAAGAAAGUGGUGGCAGAUGCCACAGAGAAGCAUCACGGAAGCCUUAACAGCCGGAAACAGAAUUUUGUAUCAUCAAGACGAUUUCCAGAUGUUCUUCAUCCUUGGCUGUUGGUUUCCGGAGAAUUAUCACAACCUAAUGACAUUAUUACCUCUAGAAAGGGCUGCUGUCACAGUGAUUUUAUAAGUGUCCCAUGGAGUGGACACUCCUUUUUCCUACUCCAACAACCUGGAUUUUCUGCCUCUGCCCCAUUUUCUGAAAAUAAUGACUUUCUGAACGAAGAUGACAACACCAUUUAUUUUCUAUUUUCCUUUCUCACCUGGAGAACCUCAUUCUCCAGAAGCUAAAGCUAGAUAUUGGUUGUUUGGGUUGCUCUGUCGGAAUGGAAUUUGAAUUUAAAUCAAAGGAAAACAGCCUCCCCGGUAGUUUAGUGUCAGCCUCUGAUAACAGUGUGGAAAGAGCUACUGAUAGGCAGUAACGCGCGGCUUGAGUAAUUCGAGAGGGGAGAUGGAGUUGGAAAUGUGGGUGUUCCUGUUUUUGGCUUUCCUUUUUAAUGAACCCACCCUUCUUCUUUAACAAAGUUAAAAAGAAUAGGGUGCUGUAUUCUAAAAAGGAAAUGGAAAUAAAAAAAAAAAAACCCUCAAAAAACUGAGUUCUUCUACGUUGUCUGUGCCUAGCAGCCUUUCUUCAGCUGUCUUGACCCUUCAGAUCCACAGGGGUAGGCAGUGUGGCCAGAAUCAUGGAAUUUGCUAGAACUGUGGAUGGUUCUACUACUGCAUUCUGCAGAGAUGCCACUGUAAGAACUCUGUAGUAAAGCACCUAUUUUAUAAAAGUUCCUCGUUUUCAGGUCUACUUUCAUGAUUUUUAAAUCCCUUUAAUUUCUUGCUUGAAAAUCUCACGAACAUUAACAAGUCAGAAUUAUGUUCUGUACAUAUCUACACUUUCUAAGACAGAAGUUUAAUUUUUCCUUUUCCAGUCUCGGGAAAUUUCCAGAUGAGACUUGUCAUCAUUCAUGCUCGCGACGCUGUGUUUUGUUGUAUCAGAGUACUUAUCCCCUUCUAACAUCCUGUGUAAUUUACUUAUUUAUUAUGUUUAUGGUCUCGUAUCCUUCCUCUAGAGUACAAGCACAAUGAAGACAGGGAUUUUGUAUGUUCUUUAAGCAAUGCAUACAUUCCCAGCACCUACAGUAGUGCCUGGCACAUAGUAAGGGCUCCCUAAGUACUUUUCGAAUAAACUUGAUCUCCGAUGAUAGCA